AAACACAAUUGGGCCACUCCCUCCAACGUGAACAUAACCACUCCUGCGGUCCUUCAGUUCAGGCUGGGCCAGCACUGUUUUGCAUGGUGAUAUCCAAAGCACCUUCUCAAACCCAGCCUGAGAUACAAAUAUCUCCCUUCUCUCUCCCUCUGAGCUGAAGCUCUCUGCCUGUAGCUCUACAAAGGUCACAAUGCUCUCCCAGUUCUUGCUUCUCUGCAUUCUACUGCUCGGGCCUCAAGAAUCCCAGGCAGCCAUUGAGCUGACCCAGUCCCCAGCCUCCCUGUCUGUGGCUGCAGGAGAUCAAGUCACCAUCAGCUGCAAGGCCAGUUCCAGCAUUAGCAAGUACAUGGCAUGGUAUCAGCAGAAACCAGGACAGUCUCCCAGGCUCCUGAUUUAUUAUGCUUCCACCCUGCAGUCUGGGGUCCCUGACCGGUUCAGUGGCAGUGGCUCUGGGACAGAUUUCACCUUCACCAUCAGUGCAGUGGAGGCUGAGGAUGUGGCAGAUUAUUACUGUUCUCAGCAUUAUACUGAUCCAUUCCCACAGUGUUUCAGCCCUGAACAAAAACCUCCCCAGGCUGCUCAGCCCUUCAGCAGAGGGCAGCAGCUGCUUCCCCAGAGUCACAGGCUUGGGGCAACCACUGCCCUCGGGGGGAGAAUGGGGCCUGCUUCAGCCCUGAUGCAGGAGCCAUUUGUCAAAGGGAUGCUGGUUGAGGGUCACCAUGCUCUCCCAGUCCUUGCUCCUCUGGCUGCUACUGCUCUGGCCUCAGAAUCCCAGGCAGCCAUUGAGGUGACCCAGUCCCCAGCCUCCCUGUCUGUGGCUCUAGGAGACCAAGUCACCAUCAGCUGCAAGGCCAGUUCCAGCAUUAGCAAGUGGAUGGCCUGGUUCCAGCACAAACCAGGACACUCUCCCAAACAACUGAUCUAUGAUGCUUCCACUCUGAACUCUGGGGUCCCUGCCCGGUUCAGUGGCAGUGGCUCUGGGAACAGACUUCACCUUCACCAUCAGUGCAGUGGAGGCUGA